AUGGCCGAGUACGACUUAACCCCCCGCUUUCUGCAGCAUGUCGACCGGCAUCUGGCCAUCCCCAUGCUCCAGCACCUGUCUUCCACUGGACUCUUCAAGGAGACAGAUCUAGUGAAGGCGCAGUAUGAGCUUGCAAGGGGCACUUCAAUGGUCGGAUACACUGCCGAGCUUUAUUCUCAAGCGUACCCAGGGCAACAAGCGCCGCCAGAGCUCGAGAAGCAAAAAGAAGAAGCACUCGCGACCAACGAGCGAUUGACUGCCGAGGUCGAGCAUGCCUUGAACGUCAUCGAGGACCCCAAAGUUCUGUCCUCACUCAAGUCAGACAAGCAGCAAAACCUGAGCUGGCUCGAGCAGAACUACCAACUUACUUUGGACCAGAUCAAUGCGCUUUACCGAUUCGGCUACUUCCAGUUCAACUGCGGCAACUAUGCCGAAGCAUCGUCCUACCUCUACCACUUCCGCAUCUUCAGCAUGGACCCCGCCAUGACACUAAGCAGCUACUGGGGCAAGCUUGCAGCCGAUAUUCUGAUGGGUAACUGGGAUGCUGCGAUGGAGGAACUCAAGCUGCUCCGCGAUCAGGUCGACAGCGGUGCAGGAGGUUCAGCGGUCAUCUCUGCUUCUGGUCCCACAACUGGGCAGAGCGCAGCCAUGGCGGGCGUCAACGAGUCGCUCCUGCAGAAGCGCACUUGGCUGCUUCACUGGUCGCUGUUCGUCUACUUUAACCACCCGCAAGGACGCGAGAUGCUCGUUGAGCUUUUCUUCUCACCCGCCUACCUGUCCACCGUCCAGACGUCCGCAUGGUGGCUGCUCCGAUACCUCGUCGUUGCGCUCGUCAUGACCCGGAGAACGACAAGGAUCUUCAACAUCGCCCAGCCCGGUGCUAGCGCACUUGGCAACGAGCGGGGCGGUGCCACGCAAAAGCUCAGCGCACAAAAUGCGAUGAAGGACCUCGUCCGCAUCCUCAACAUCGAAUCCUACCGGUCAGAGGCUGCAGAUCCUGAAUCAGACGAUGCCGCUUCUUCCUCCAAAGCACCGGCAGACCCAAUCCUGAAGUUCAUCUCCGUUCUCUACGAAGGCUUCGACUUUGAGGCCGCGCAAGAGGAGCUUGCCAAAGCAGAGCAAUUGAUCGCUAACGACUUCUUCCUUGCUGACCACAAGGACGCAUUCGUGGAGAGUGCGCGAUACCUCAUCAGCGAGCUUUACUGUAGGAUCCACCACCGCGUUGACAUUGCGGACUUGUCGAGGAGCCUCAACAUGAGCAAGGAGGAGGGAGAGAAGUGGGUCGUGAACCUCAUCCGCGACACGCGAACCGAUGCGAAGAUCGAUUUCAAGGAGAACAUGGUCUACAUGAACCAGACACCGCAGGCGAUGUAUCAGAACAUCAUCGAAAAGACGCGAGGGUUUGUUUUCCGCACGUCGGCAAUGGGCCAGGCGAUCGACCGGAAAGCAAACCCGUCUGCAUACAGCGGCUACGCCGGCGGCGAUGGCGGUCGAGGCGGUGCAGGCGGGCGUGGCGGACGUGGCGGUGCUGCCGGCCGCGGUGGUCGUGGUGGUGGACGCGGCGGGAGCGCUCAGGGUCCCGGUGCUAGUGGUCGACACCAGCAAGCAGCAUCUAGCGCACCGACGGGGCAAGACGGCUCCGCGCAGGUCAACAGUGGCACCGGCACAGCACCUGCUGCUUCCGAGAGCGUUGAAGCUGCUUGAAGAGCUGCACAAUUGUUCCACGACGCCCCCGAUCUCUCCCUCCUUUUCUGGCUCGCUUUGCAUUCACUCCCCUAUACAAGUGUAGACUAGUCGCCAGCCUCUCGCUCCCUGACCAAAAGGGCCAAUCGCAUAGAAUUGGCCAUGAAGCCACCUGAUCCGGUUUGGAG